CCCUCGUAGAACGUCUUCGUUCAGCUAAGAGUCCACCACCGUUCGUCCGUCGCUGCUCGUGCUGCCGCUGCUGUUGGUGGUGGUGGCGAAGCGUGAUGGUGGUGGUAACGGUGGUGGUGGUGGUGGUGGUGGAGCCUCAGUACCGCCAUACCCGCCAAAGCACGAGCACCGUGACAGCCCGCACACACGCCUCGGCCCGCGGAUUUUUGGGACUCUCGUCUAACCCCCGGGACUUGCCACUGGCUUUUCCGCGAACCUUCGGAUUCGUGUACCGCGUGAUCAUCUCUCUUGCGCGUCUCGCAAAGAAACUUGGAUUCCUUCUACUUGCAAGGACAUAUUUUCCUAUAGGUAGAAGAAUCGUUUGGUAGUGGUUGUUGUUAUUGUUGUUUCCAUGUUUCGGGGUGAAAGACCGUGUGACGAUUAGUGGAACAAUCUGUACAGCGUGGUGUUGUUCGUCAUGGUGUGACGCGAACGGACUGUUCCACGGUGACCGUGAUUUUGGCACGGACGUUGGAUAAUCCGGUGAUGGAGUUUCAGAGCUUCCUCCGCGCUUUCGGUUAUUAUUGACUCUUGGCAACUGAUUAAUCACACUGUUGGAUCUUUCGAGUGCAAUAGUCUGCCCGAUGAUCAUCGUGACGGAUAGAAUCUUCCUCGAGAUAAUAAGCGUUCUGUUACCUCGAACAAACUGGAAAAGACUCUUCUUGGUCCUGACGAUUCUGGGAACGCCAUAGAUCGUCUUGAUUUGAAAAUACGCAAUUAUCCACUGAUCCGUCGUUUAAAGGAACAGAUCCGUAUGAAACAAAUACAAAAGCAAUAAUUUCCAAGGAUUAAUAAAACCAUUUCCCACGAAGACGUCGGACGACAGCCGACGGAAGGCUCUGUGCCACCUAACCCACCUCAUCCUCAUCGAACGACAUGAAAUAACAUGAAAUCAGUUUACCAUCAGGAACCAUUUGAAUCUUUUUAAAAUCAAAUAAUCAAUUUAUUAACCGGAAAGACAAGUAAAGGAAGAGAGUCAUUAUCGAGAUCGAAGAGCGAAAAGGUUUGUUGAGGAUCGACGGACUAUGCAAUCGUGGAUCGAGGGUGGUUCGCAUCGUCGGGCACGGGGUGUCAGACAGGACGAUCUUCCCUGAUCCUGGACGAGCAGGCAGCGAAGGCACCCUCUGUGGCGCGGCACUCGAGCCUCGAGAGCAGCGAGAACAAAAUGCCGGAAAAGGAGGUCGCCUAUCAUCAGGAGGCGUUCUCCCUGUUACCGCCGCCGCCGCCCCCGCAUCACCCUCAUUCGGCGUUCCAUGCGGCAUUCCAUCCGCAUCCGCAUCCGCCGCCACCGCCGUUUCAUCCGCACCAUGGACCGCCGCCUCCGCAUCAUCCGGCCGCGGCGGCUGCCGCCGCAUGGGAACAUCACGCGGCUGCCGCCGCCGCUGCCGCCGCCGCAGCUUUCCAUGCUCCACCGCCUCAUCCAUUGUCCAGCAGCACGACGGCGAUCGGCAGUGCAGCCACCGGUGGCGGUGGCGGAGCAAGCAGCGGUGCUAGUGGCGGCGGUGGCGGUGGCAGUGGGGGCGGAGGUGGCGGGGCAGCCGGCAACGGGACUUCCGGCGGUGAUUUCCUCCGCAGAAGUCACCCCCUCUCGGAGCAUACGGCCCUGCAUCCCGCCUACCGGCUCAACUACAUGGACCACCUUUACCACCAGCUCCAGGCCUCCACGCACAGUCCCAACGCCUCGUUACACGGACUGGGUGGUUUGGGGCCCGAGUACCUUCUGCACGCCGCAGGACCAGCGAGCACCCUCGCUUCUUCAGAAUUCCCUUUCUCCAUCGACGUGUCAGCCUCGUCGAGGUUAGGAAGCCCAAGGGCGUCCGCGAUCAGAGCGAGCCGGAAGCGGGCGUUGAGCAGUUCCCCGUACUCGGAUCGUUUCGACAUCGACAGCAUGAUCCGAUUCAGUCCGAACAGCUUGGCCUCCAUCGUGAACGGAUCUCGGAGCAGCAGCGCGAGCGGCAGCUACGGUCAUCUUUCCGCUGCAAUGAGUCCAGCUUUGGGAAUGCACCCAGGAAUGGCGCCACACCUGCAGCAACUUCAGGCGCAUCUUUUAAGGAGCGCAGCUGCCGCAGCUCUUCUACCCCAUGCUCACCCCUUACAACCCCCUGCACCACCUCCACCACCACCUCACCCACACCCCCAUGCCCAUGGAUUAUCGCCGCAUUCGCAAUUAUACCCCGGUGUGCCACCUCAUUCCACGGCCUCAGCAACCCUCGGACCACAUGGAGGAGGAUUGCCGCCAAAAACUGAGAGCACGGAGUCUUGCAGAAAAGCGUCAGAAUCGUCGACCAGGUCGGUGACGGCCGAGGCGGACACGUCUUCGAGGAGAGCUUCUACGAAGGUAAAAAGGGAGCCUGCGACGACGACAACGAACGCUACCACGACCACAGCACCACCUACUCAUCCUCAAGGACUUAGCCCUAGCGAAGAUCUUCGAGAUGAACCUGGAGAUUUUAUCGAAACGAACUGUCACUGGAGAGACUGCGGUCUUGAGUUUCCUACCCAGGAUGAUCUUGUGAAACACAUCAACAAUGAUCAUAUACAUGCGAACAAGAAGAGCUUCGUCUGUGGUUGGGAGGAGUGCUCGAGGGAGGAAAAGCCAUUUAAGGCUCAAUACAUGUUGGUGGUGCACAUGAGAAGGCACACCGGUGAAAAACCUCAUAAGUGUACUUUCGAGGGAUGUUUCAAAGCAUAUUCGCGUCUGGAGAACUUGAAGACGCAUCUGAGGUCCCAUACCGGAGAAAAACCAUAUACUUGUGAAUAUCCUGGUUGCAGCAAGGCAUUUAGUAAUGCUAGCGAUCGCGCGAAACAUCAAAACAGGACUCAUUCCAACGAGAAACCAUACGUUUGCAAGGCGCCAGGUUGCACGAAAAGGUACACCGAUCCAUCAUCCCUGAGAAAACACGUGAAAACUGUGCACGGCGCGGAAUUCUACGCCAAUAAGAAGCACAAAGGAGGCGGUGGAGAUGGCGGAGGCAGUGACGAAGCUGGUGCAGGUGGCCAUAGUCCUAGCAGAAGCGAAGAUCUCCAUCCGAAGACACCUAGUUUGUCAAGUCCGAGUGUGAAAUCUGAAAGUGAAGCGAAUAGUCCACCUAGUAUGAUGCAGCAACAAGGUAGCCCAUUAGUUGGUGGUUGCAAUGACGAAGUUGCUGGUGUCAGUGCAUUGACUAGCGAUGGCGUUGCCUUGGCUGAGGAACCUUGGAACGAGGAACCCGAUGACUUGGAUAUCGCUGAUCUGCCAGUUGCUCUACGUGCCAUGGUCGGCGGAAUGGAAUCGCAGCAGCAACAACAACCUCCUCCUCCUGCUUCGAGGAAUCGUCUGAAAGGCAGACUAAACGCAAAGGGCAUGCCGAGCUUGCCAGUAAGCGUGUCCGGUAUGAGGGGAACACGUGGUAUGGGUCCUCAGGGUAACAUCGGCGACCUGAACAGGAGGAUCACUGACCUGAAGAUGGAGGGUGGCGGUCCCGCCCGCCAAACGAGUCUUUCUGACCUGCAACUCAGGUUGCAACCUCUCAACGAGCCACGAAGGGACAGCAACAGUACUGUGAGCACCUAUUACGGUAGCAUGAAGUCCACGGACUUUGGUAGUAGAAGAAGCAGCCAGGCUAGCGGGGUCAGCGCUGUCAGAAUGGGUCAAACUGGACCUGGUAGCUUCUAUGAUCCCAUCAGUCCAGGAACAUCACGAAGAAGCAGUCAAAUGAGUACCACUUCCGGUAGAAUGAACCCACCGAGUCACCUUCAAGGACCUUACUCGACGAGCAAUCUUGUCGUUCAGACGCAAAAUAUGUCUCUUCAGGGUAUCCAGGGUAUGCCAGGAGAUUGGAAUGGUCCAAGCGGCCAUUGUACGCAACCAUCCGGUGAUCGUCGCAUGUCAGAACCCACCAGGGGUCACCAGGCCCAAAGAAAUUCACCGCCUGUACCACCCAGACCAAGAUCUGCUCAACUUCCAGAACAUCAUCCUAAUCAGGAAGUCAUUCUGGAUGAGGUUGGAGAAGGAGAAAUGGUGGAGAAUAAGCUGGUCAUUCCUGAUGAGAUGAUGCAGUACUUGAACCAAGUUCAAGCAGGAGGAACUCAGGUGAAUUGCCGCAGCAGUCCCUUACCAAUUUGCCAGUCCCCAAUUUGCACAAAUCCCUUGCACUACCAACGUCAAAUGCAGCCUACUUGCAACUACAACCAGUCUCACCAACAAACCUGCUACCCACCACCACAACCAGCUCAACCAACAUGCACGAACUAUCAGAAUACUUCUCCAUCUCCUUACAACCAAUGUCCUAGUUCUAGACCUCCUCAACCUAAUUCACAAUACUGUCCUCCACCCACUUAUCCAUCUCAACCUAACGGCGGGCAAGUGCUCAGUCCAGCAGCGGGUCAAGUCAUGUCACCAGGAUCUCACUACGCUCCCAGUCACAUCAGCGAUCAGCCUCUAACUUCACCAGCAGCUGGUGCCCUAGCACCCCAGCAUCCUCCUCAAAAUCUUCCUCAAAAUUCUGCUCAGUUAACUAGGAAUUGUCCCCAAAACCACAUGCACCAUGGCUACUACCCUAGUUACAAUUGUCAGGCACAAAUGAACGCGAACUGUACCGGAAAUCCAACUAGCCAAGUGAACCACCACACAAACCCCGUUUGUGCUCCACCGAAUCACAGCUCUAUGAACCAACAACAGUGCGUGCAGAUGCGCUCAGCUGGCAAUUGUCCACAAUUAUCUCCUCAUUGCACUCAACAGCCGGCUAUAUCUAAUCAGACAACUAUGAGCCAUACUAAUCCACAGUGUGGUCAAGUAGCCAAUCAAUGUACCAGGCCAAUGGUGACACCUAAUGGCCAGGUGUCAAAUAUUCAUCCUGUUCAGCAGAGCACAGUGCCCAACCAAUGUGCUCAGAUGUCGCCACACUGUUCUCAGCUGAACAUCAGCAACCAGGCUAAACCGAUCACCAACAUAACCAGUCUCCAGGGCUGUCAACAGCAAACACCACAGCAAAAUACACCUUGCCUGCAAAUGACCAAUUGCGCUCAUCCCAAUGGUGGCCAUAGAUCAAUGAACGAUUCUGCUUUACCGAAGAGGACGUCUCCACAGUUGUGCACUGCUCAGCAGACUAAUUGCAGGAUACAACAGCAGCAACAUACUUGUACACACAAUUGUGCUCGAACCAAUCCUCCAAAUCAUCAACAGUACAAUUGUAACUGUCAAUGGGGUUACGGUGGAGAUCAAUGUUACCACGAGCAAACCGGUGCUACUAUGCCAGAGAUUCAAUGCAGAGACAUCAGUCAGUCUCAACAAGGAUCUCCUAUGAAGCCUCCUCAAGGAAUGAGACAAGAUUCUUACAGAAGGACACUGGAGUACGUGCAACAGUGCAGAAACUGGUCUGGAAACGCACAGACUCACGAAACAAAUGUCUCUAGUUCUACUCACCCCAUGUCGCUGCCACAGCCAUUGCCAUCAAGUGCCAAUAUGGUGGUCAACGACAUGACUUCGUCUCUGAGUUCGUUGCUCGAGGAGAACAGAUACUUACAGAUGAUUCAGUGAAUAUCGUAAUCGCGAUAUGAAUAUAUAAAUAUAGAUAUAUAUUUUCUAUCGUAACCUUUUUUGAUACUAUCGUUUAAUAUGAAUAUUGGAACGAAAAAACAAUCCAUCGAGAUGGAACUGUUAGUAUUUUUGAUAAAGAACGAAGGCUUUUUCUUAUUCUUUGUGUAAAAACGAGCGCAUUUCGUAAUUGUUAAGUACCCAGUCGACGAUCAGUUAAAUUAAUUGUUAAUUAGAAUUGUAGAUUGUGACCUCGAAAGAUGGAUGACGUUCUCGGUGAUUAGGAAACGUUCGCAAUUGAAGUGAUACGUAUUACGAGAUAGUUCAAAUAUGUUUUCUACUACGCUGCGUUGUUAAUAGAGUAUAGUAUGUAUUUUGUAUAAAAAUUGACGGAACUUCGGGGUGCCUUACAGAGCUAAGCUAAAUGGAAUCACGGAGUAAUUUAUUAUUUUUGGAGGAUUGUAUUUAAGAUGUUUAACGUCCAAAAUUCUGUCAAGCAAAAUUUAUAGGAUUAUCAAAGCACUACGCUUACGCGCGAGAUCUCCGUUGGAUCGAGCUUCUGUUUGUCGCACAAAAUUUUACGCGUGCGAAUAUCGACACCGCGUCAGAGAUUGCGAGAUACUUUUUAAGAACAUCCUUGUAACCGUAUUUUUGUACGACCAGUCUUUUCAAAGCGUGCCAACAUACCAUUCUUAUCGUGUCAUCGUAAUUUUAUCUUUUUAACGUUAACGGCGAAUGAUAAACGACGUACAUGGUGACUUUAUAAAAAUACAUUUUCUAUGCGAUGAUGCGACCUGCUAAUGAGAUUAAUCGAUCGAGAUGAAAAAAUAGACAGCCAAUACUAGGAUAUAACGAUGUGUAGAUAAAUCAUACUAAUGUAAGAGACUAUUAAUCAACGCUCAUGGCCAACGUGCAUGAUACAAUUAGACAAUCAUUUCGUAAAAAUGUGUCGAGUGUGUGUAUUGAUGGACGAACGAGUGGUUAUAUGCGUGUGUCUUUCAUAAGAAUCAUUGUAAAAAAAAGAAACGCAAGGCAACUGAAGAAACAUUUCUAGAGUAUAUAUAUUUGGUCUUUUGAUCGACCAAAACGAUCAUAAUAGAAUGCCUCUAAUUUUAUAAAAUGUAUCAUCGUCGAGUGCCUUUCAUCGUCGUGUUGAUCGAGAAAUUAAAGAGUACGUUGAACAGUUGAAAACUUAGCGUACCUAGAGCUGUUUUCUUUUUAUUCUUUCCUUUUGUUAUACAAACGAUUUUGUACGAAUUUUAUUAUAUCUACGAAGGGCGAGGAGUCUUGUGAAUAUUAUACAUAUUUUAUCGUAUACAUAUAGCGUAGUGAUUCAAGUAUGUGAAUGGAAGGAGUAUGACAAGAGUUUUACAUCUUGAGAAUUGUUAAUUAUUUUAAAAUAAAUCAUAUCGAUCCCAUCAACGAAA